AUAAGUGGCAUAGACUUAUUUUAAGACACUUGAAGCUCUCACGGGCCACAUAAAAUGAUGCGGCGGGCCACAUGUGGCCUGCGGGCCUUGUGUCUGACACGUGAUCUAGAUGAUAACCAACUUUUAGAAGUUUUUCAAUCAGGUUUUAGAGCAAAGCAUAGCAAUGAGACUGUGCUCAGUGAUAUUUAUAAUUAUACUGAUGCGGGUGACACAGUCUUUUUAUUGUUCUUAGAUCUGGCAGCCACUUUUGAUACUCUUGAUCAUGUCAUACUUCUCGAUUGUCUGGAGAAGUUUGUCGAUGUCUCUGGUUCAACCCUCUCAUGGAUGAGUUCCUACCUGUUUGACAGGCAUGUGACUGUUAAGAUUGGUCGCUUUUGCUCGAGUGAUACUCCCCUGAAAUAUGGGGUCCCACAGGGCUCUGUAGUUGGUCCUUGCUUUUCAAUUUAUACUUGAUCCCACUUGGGGCCAUCUUUGGGAAAUAUGAGCUUGACUUUAAUUUCUAUGCUCUGUCAAGUCUAUGCUCCUAUAAAAGCUCAGGAAUGAACUCUGAGUUGUCUUCAUAAGGUUAUGAUUGGAUGGGUUGUAAUUUUCUCCAGAUUAACGAGUCUAAGACUGAGUUGGUUAUGUUUGCACUGAGUGGUGCUCCUGUAGUUACUCAGUCUUUGAUGCGUGGCAUUUCAUUUGAGGCAAAAGAUGUUGUUUCUAAUUUGGGUGUUAAGAUUGGUUCUCAGCUUAAUUUUGAUGUUCAAGUCAAUAAUUUGGUUCGGGUUUGUUUUUUUCACCUAAGGAAGCUUUAUAAGUUUUAUCCCUUUUCGACCAGGAAUGACUUGUAGAAACUUAUCCAUGCAUUUAUAACAUCUUGUUUAGACUACUGCAAUAGUAUUUUCUUGGGUAUUAAUCAUGGAUGUAUUUAUUUAUUUAUCUGAACAUCUUGUGCCACAUGUUCCAACUUGUGGAUUGCGGUCAGCUGACCAGCAUAGGCUGAGUGUACCUAGAGCAAGACUGCAGAAAAGAGGUUUUAGAUAUUUCUCUGUGGCUGCACCGACUCUGUGGAAUAUGUUGCCUAUCUCCAUUAGCCAUGGUCAUCUGUUACCAUUUUUAGUCAUUCACUGCCAGUCAUUUCCUAUCAGAAAUAUUUAUAUGGAUUUGUAUAUAUUUUAUAUGGACUCUCAGUGUAGCGGGGAUUAUUUUGAGUGGAGUGGACGCAGAGCGCUGAUUGUUGAUGCGCUCCAGGAAGCUGCACCCUGCGCACAGCAACAGUAAGUAAGUGUCACCACCAAAAUAAUAUAUUGUAGCGUCAUGAAGGGCCUCUAAUUUGUGACAAAGGUCACAUUUUCCCAGCUGGGUCAAGCUGGGUCAGACUGUAACUUUUGGUUCCACAGAUUAAUCCAGGAGCCAUGAUGGCUGCUGAAUAUCAUCUUUAUCUGCUGCUGUUCCGUCCCAGAAUGAAGGACACUUCAAGAUCACAAUAAUAGUUUUAACAGGACAGGAAAAUAGAACACGUUUUACCAGUCAUUGAGCGAGAGCCGGGGGACACCCUGGACAGGCUGGAAGUUCAGGAUUGUCCCUAAAUCCUACCUUCAUCACAUCCUUCCUCAUCAAAAGUUUCUGCUGAGUCAUGGCUGGAGCUCUGAGGAUGACUGAAGCUACGUUCAACUACGAGAAUGAUCUGAACUUCAUGGUGUAUGACUGCAUUCCUCCUGUGGACAUAAAGACAGAGCCCUACAUACCUGAGACAGCUCAUGGCCCCUACGUUCAGAUCAUCGAAGAGCCUAAACAGAGGGGAUUUCGUUUCCGGUAUGAGUGUGAAGGUCCAUCACACGGUGGGCUUCCUGGGGCCUCCAGUGAGAAGAACCGGAGAACCUACCCAACUGUGAAGAUAAAUAACUAUGUGGGUCACGCUCGGGUGGAGGUGCAGCUGGUGACCCACAUUGACCCACCUCGGGUCCAUGCACACAGCUUGGUAGGACGCCACUGCAACGAAAAUGGGAUGUGCACGCUGGACAUCGGCCCCAAUGACCUCACAGCCUCGUUCAGUAAUCUGGGGAUCCUUCACGUGACCAAGAAAGGAGUUGUCGAGGUUCUGACCAGAAGGUUGAGGGAGGAGAAGAAGAGACAGAGAGGAAUGCACUGUCACCUGACAGAUGCUGAAGAAACCUCCAUCAUGAAAGAGGCCAAGGAGCUGGGGAAGAGCAUGGACCUGAACAUAGUCCGGCUGAGGUUCACCGCCUACCUGCAGGACAGCAACGGGGGCUUCACUAGAGCUUUGAAACCUGUUGUGUCCAACCCAAUCUACGACAGCAAGUCGCCCAACGCCUCCAACCUGAAAAUCUCCAGGAUGGAUAAGACCUGCGGCUCAGUUCUGGGAGGAGACGAGAUCUUUCUGCUCUGCGACAAAGUCCAGAAAGAUGACAUAGAGAUCCGUUUCUAUGAGGAGGACGACGAAGGCGGCUGGGAGGCAUUCGGGGACUUCUCACCCACCGAUGUUCAUAAACAGUACGCCAUCGUGUUUAAAACACCAGCCUAUCACAGCGCAGAGAUUGAGCGGCCUGCCACCGUCUUCCUACAACUCAGGAGGAAGAAGGCCGGCGACAGCAGCGAUCCCAAACCGUUCACCUACAUCCCUCAGGUCCAAGAUAAAGAGGAGGUGCUAAGGAAGAAGCAGAAGCUGCUGCCUCACUAUGAAUCCUGGAGAGGAGGAGGAGAGGCAGGAGGAAGAGGCGGAGGAGCAGGGGGCUUUGGAGGAGCUGCAGGAGGAACAGGAGGAGGUUUCCAGUUCUAUCAGCAGACAAACGGAGGUUCGGGUGGAGGAGCCGGACCUUUUUAUGCAGAAAGCUUCAUGGGUUUUAACUCGGGGGGAGGAGCUCAGAUGUCAGGCUCCACCCCUCAGACAGAAGUCUCCCAACAGCGAAGUGAUGGGCAGAUGAGUUUGCCCCUGCAGCAGCAGCUGCUUCAAAUCGCGGCGACACUCAGCUGUCGAGCGUCUCAGAGUGCUCGGCAGACAGCUGCUGCCCUGCUGCAGUACUGCAGCACUGGGGAUGCCAAAGUCCUUCUUGCCCUGCAGAGACACCUGUGUGGCAUCCAGGACACCAAUGGAGACACUCCGUUACACCUCGCCAUCAUCCACCAGCAGACCACCGUCAUCCAGCAGCUGAUCCAAACCCUGCUGAGCACCCAGCAGAAUCGUGUUCUGAAUACAGCAAACCACCUGCAGCAGUCUCCUCUCCAUCUGGCGGUGAUCACACGUCAGCCAAAGGUGACAGAGCUUUUGUUGAGGGCAGGGGCCGACCCUAGCCUCGUGGACAAAGACGGCCGCACCCCAUUACACCUGGCAGCUUUGGGUGGAGACACAGACAUUCUCCGUCUCCUGCUGACUCACCUUGGAGAAAGCCACACACACCUGAUCAAUACAACGGAUUACCACGGUCUUCAGCCACUCCACCUAGCUGUGAAGAGGGAUGGUGUGAGCUGCCUCCGACUGCUAGUGGAAGGCGGGGCCAAAAUCAAUGCCCAGGAGCUGAAGAGUGGACAUACGGCGCUGCACCUGGCUGUCAGAGAAAACCUCUUCAAGGUUGCCUGCACACUCAUAACAGAGCUGAAGGCUGACGUUAACACCUGCACCUUUGGUGGAAACACCGCACUACACCUGGCUUCCAGCCUGGGUUCGCCAACGUUCUGCGCUAUGCUCAUUGCAGCAGGUGCUGAUAAGACCAUGGAGAACGAUGAACCGCUCUUCUUCAGCUCCUCCUCAGAUGAGGAGGAAACAGAACCAAUGAGUGAGGGGCUUUCAGAGCGAGUUGCUGCCGCACAGCCAAUCAAAUCUCGGAAGAGGUCUUCAGGAGGACACACACCUCUAGAUCUCGCUACAUGUCAGAAGGUGCGGAAUGUUUUGAUUAACCGUCAGAGUCCAAGGUCCAGUCAUCGCAGUGCCAAGAAGAUCAGACCGAGCAGCAGUGAAGUUCCAGAUUUUGAGCAUUCAGCGCUGGACGAGGACACUUUGUCCCGGCUGGUGGAGGUUCUGAGUGUAGGAGAUGUUUCUUGGAUGAAUCUGGCUGAGAAACUGGGAAUGAUGACGUUGACCCAUCUGUACCAGGACAGCCCGACUCCAUGCCAACAGCUGCUGCAGCAUUAUAAGGUGGGUGGAGGUCCUGUUGAGGUUUUGAUGGAAGCUCUUAAGUCUUUGGGUCUGACAGAAGGAGUCCGACUGCUGAGGAGCACCCAGCUACAAGAUGACAAACACAACACAGACGCUACAGUUGACAGUGGUUUCAGCAGCCAGCCAAUGGAGGAUCAGGAGGAGGAGCCAGCUGUGGCCAAUCAGUGAUGAGCUGGAUCAUUAUCUGAUGAAAGUCAACAUGUGAUAGUCAAGAUCUCAGACCUUCUGGGGUGGAAACCAGAAUAAAAGGAGAAAAACUGAACUGGCAACCGUGGAUAAGAACUGUAACAUAAAACAACCCUCAAACUUAACUUCUUUGUGUAAUUUAUACUUCUUGUUUUCUUCAAUAAAAGGUUACUUCAUGUGUGA